AAAUUGUCCCAACGUUUGUUGUGGCUUUGAACAUCUCCAGGGUUAGGACUUAGGACACAUACAACAGGCAGGCAAACCCAUCAACAAUGAGUUACCAGAGAGUUCCUCAAGACCCUUAUCCUCCUCCUGGCUACGCCUCUCCAUAUUCAGCACCACCCCCUCCAGGAUACCCUUCUGCGCCGCCACCACCGUCUCUGCCACCUUACGAACGCUAUCCGCCGCCGCCGCCAGGAUAUCCAGCGUAUCCUCAGCCUCCACACCAGCCGUACGAGGGGUACCAAGGGUAUUUUGCAGGUGGGUAUCCACCACCUCCCGGUCCUCCUCAAUAUCAACACUGCCAUCACUAUGAGCAUCACCAUUUCCAGAAUCAAUCUGAUGCGGGCUGUUUCUCUUUCUUACAAGGCUGUUUGGCCGCUCUAUGUUGCUGCUGCAUGUUGGAGGAAUGCUGCUUCUUCUUAUGAUCAUUCAUGAAGGAUGAAUUACAUCAUUUACAUUUGUGGUUUUUCAACACUUAGUUGCUACUAUUUGGAGGAGAAAUGCUGCUUCUAAUGAGUUCUACAUGGCAUUUUAUGGGUGUUGUUACUGUUGUCUAAACAGUCAUAUCAUAUGCUUGUCCUGGGUUCCGUACCCAUCGGAUUUUAUAGUUUAUCUACUCAAACUUUGUAAAUACAAGUUUGCAUUAUAAAUGCAGCUCCUGGUUCUCAUUGUGUAUCAA